AUGUCGCAGAGCUGGGAAUUGCAAGCCAAAAGAGGCCGGGAUAUUCUCAUCAAUUCCGUCCCCAGGAACUGGCUUGUCCCAAUAGUAAAACUACCACCAAUGGUGCAGAAGAGUGUGAUAGAUUUCCCUAAGGAGAGCGGGCUCUAUAGUGAGCGAGAGCUCGCGAUAACGGACAUGUCCGCGACGGAGCUAGUGGAAGAAAUGGGAAAGGGUCAAUUGAAGGCUGAAGAGGUGGUAGUGGCAUUUCUCAAGCGAUCUGUCUUGGGACAUCAACUGUUGAACUUUGCGACGGAAUUCUUGGCUGACGAGGCAAUAGCUCGAGCUAAAGAGCUUGAUGCUUAUUAUGAAAAGACGGGAAAACUGAUAGGACCACUUCACGGAGUCCCUAUCAGCGUUAAGGAGCAUAUCGGGAUGAAGAACAAGACCUGCAACACUGGCUAUGUUGCCUUAGUUGACCGAGUCACUACCGAAGACGCAUAUCUGCUGCAAUUGCUAGCUAAAGCUGGUGCAGUAUUCCACGUGCGGACCAACCAGCCACAGUCACUCAUGCAUCUUUGCUGCACCAACAAUAUCACGGGCACGACUUUCAAUCCGCACAAUAAAUUAUUAACCCCUGGAGGGUCUUCCGGUGGGGAGGGUGCUUCGAUGGGCUUCCGAUGUGCACCACUUGGAAUUGGUACUGACAUCGGUGGAUCAAUUCGCUGCCCUGCCGCUUUUUGUGGUGGAUAUGGAUUCAAACCGACUGCGAUGCGCAACCCAAUGACAGGUAUCAUGGUUGCGGGCAUGGGUCAAGAGAACAUCCACGGUGUAGUGGGUCCACUAUCAACCUGCUCACUCAAAGAUCUUGAGCUGUUCCAGAAGGCCGUGUUGCAACAGGAACCUUGGGAUACAGAGACAUCCUUAGUGCCCGUGCCUUGGAGGACUGUUGCUCCAUCUCACGAUGUGACUAUUGCCAUCAUGUGGGAUGACGGCUUUGUUCAUCCUCAUCCACCAGUGACACGUGCCCUUCGGCUUGUUCAGGAGAAAUUGCUUACAGCCGGAGUGAAAGUUGUUGACUGGGAGCCUUUCAAGCAUGACCAUGGAUGGGAUAUCAUUUCAGCACUUUAUUACCCCGACGCCGCUACCCUGCCACGGAAGAUGCUCAGUGAAUCAGGCGAACCAGCCUGCCCGCUAAGCGAAUGGGCAUUUUCCUAUGGCUCCGAGACACCCCUGUCUCACUUCGACGUCUGGAAGUUGCAAUACGCCCGUGACACUUAUCGCGAUGACUACCAUGCUGUGCUGAAAAACCGUGCUGUCGAUUUUAUCAUCUCUCCAGCCUACCCCGGAGUUGCAGCAGUUAUGGGCGAGUCCCAAUACUGGAACUAUACUGCUAUUUGGAAUGUGCUGGACCUUCCAGCUGUGGUCUUUCCUUCGGGACUGACCGUUGAUCCGGAAUUGGAUGCCUUGACUGAGCAGGAUAGGGAUUACAAACCUCGCAAUGAGGUUGAUGAGCGAGAAUGGCGGAAGUACAAGGGGCCAGACCGGUAUGAGGGUGCGCCUGUCGCUCUCCAGAUUGCUGGUAGACAUUUCAAGGAUGAGGAGACUUUGGCUGCAGCAAUGUUGGUUGAGGGUAUUCUGAAGGAUGUCAAGGCCAAUUCGAAGCUUUGA